AUGUUGGCUGUUUCUGUUGUUCCUGCGGUUUUUUAUGUCUUGUUUAUAUACUGUAUUUCCUUAAUUAACGGCGGAAUGUUCGACGUGUGUCGCUCUCUGCGUGGCUCGGAGGCUGGGCCAGGGUGGGAGUUCUACCCAUGUCAGCCUCCAGCCACCAACAUGAAGGAGGUGAUGCAGAUCAGAGUCGACCCCCCCGGCAUUACCUGCGGAAACCCACCUGAGAGGUUCUGCACACUGGAGAACCCGUACCUGUGCAGCGAUGAGUGCGACGCCUCCAGCCCUGACCUGUCUCACCCCCCUCAGUUGAUGGGCGACAGGGAGAGGGGCGGGCUCAUCACCUACUGGCAGACGGUCACCUGGUCCAGGUAUCCUGAGCCGCUGUUGGCCAACAUCACUUUGUCCUGGAACAAGAGUCUGGAGGUGGUCGACGACAUCGUGGUCACCUUCGAGUACGGCCGGCCAACCAGCAUGGUGCUGGAGAAGUCUCUUGACAAAGGAGAGACCUGGCAGCCGUACCAGUACUAUGCUGACGACUGUCUGGAGGCUUUCGGGAUGUCUCCCAAACGGGUCUUUGAUUUAGCACCAAGUAACUUAACCCGGGUCAUCUGCACCGAGCAGUACUCCCGCUGGGUUGGAGCCAAGGAGGAGAAGGUUGUGGUGUUCGAGGUGCGCGCUCGCUUCGGGGUGUUUGCAGGUCCGAAGCUGAUCAGUAUGGAUGCCCUGUACACCCGGAUGGAGACCAUGAAGGGUCUGAGAGACUUCUUCACCUUCACCAACCUGCGGCUCCGGCUGCUGCGCCCGGCGCUUGGCGGGACGUACGUCCAGAAGGACAACCUGCUCAAGUACUUCUACGCCAUCUCAAACAUUGACGUACCUGCCAGGUGUAAGUGUAACCUGCACGCCUCUCAGUGUUUGUUACGAGAUGCGACGCUGCAGUGUGACUGCGACCACAACACGAGCGGACAGGACUGUCAGCGCUGCAGCCAGGGCUUCAAGUCCCGCAGCUGGAGACCAGGAUCAUACCUGCCCCUGCCCAGAGGCACCGCCAACACCUGUGAAGCAGCAGAAACAGCCGUCAACUGUGAGUGUAACGGUCACUCCAACCGCUGCAGCUACAUCGACUUCAUCAAUGUGGUGACGUGUGUGAGCUGUAAACACAACACACGAGGACAGAACUGUCAGUACUGUCGCCUCGGUUACUAUAGAAACGCCUCACUGCAGCUGGACGACGACAACAUCUGUGUGGAGUGUCUGUGUGACGUGGACGGCAGUGUGUCUCCUCACUGCUCUGACUUCGGUGUGUGUCAGUGUAAGGACGGAGCCACAGGGAGGCGCUGUGACUCCUGUCUACCUGGAUACACCUGGAGAGGAGGCGGAGCCAGCUGCACAGCGAACGUCUGUGACGAACGUCUGCUCUGUCAGAACGGAGGAACCUGCCAGGACUUCCAGCGCUGCGUCUGCCCUGACCGCUUCACAGGUGCGCUCUGUGAGAAGAAGGUGUGUCUGAAAAAAGGUGGCUGCCCAGAGGACGCCGCUGGCUCCGUCCCCUCUCUGACCUCACAGCUCUACUUGCUGACUCUCAGUCUCACCUUGUCCACCUUCUGCUGACAUCACAGGAAGUGACGUCAACAAUGGACACACCUGAGAGGAUGUUCUGUAACAUGUUUGUAUUUUACUUUGAAAGACAAAUACACACUUCCUGUGAUGUCAUGAGUGUGUCUACUCUCUGAUUGGCUGUCAGUUUUCAGCACUGCAUUCUGAUUGCUCAAGCUCUGAUGACGUCGUGGAGAUGAACUUUCUGUUUCUGUUGUUGAAGUUUGUAAUUUUUUUUACUGUUUGUGUAUUUUCUGUAUAAAGGUCAAAGGUCAUACACACACA